CUGAAUUCCACGCGAGGACGCGAAUAAUGAGAAAACAGGACACGUUCUUGGGGGAAAGGAGCGGAGCCCGCGCGCGACACCCCGACAACCGCUCCUUGGCCGCCAGGUCAGCAGGGUAUUCCUGCCCACAUAGGGGUCACCACAUAGGCUCCAGCGGUCUGAACGAUGAUGGCGACACCAUGGUAAAAAUGCAGACGCUGGCUCCUUUGAAACCACAGCCGAAACCCACAUCUGAGAGCCACCAGAUGGCCACUAUACAUAUUCCCAAGUCUAUGCUGACCGCUCCAUUCCUGCAGCAUCCAAGCCUCACUGCAGGGCAAAAACGCUACCUGUACAGCAUCGCAAAUGUGUACAGUACUCGACACAUGCGAGCCCUCAUGAAGCAACAGUAUCUGGACGUGCUACACAGGUGCAUCAGAGCAGGUCAGUGUUCGUUAAGAGAAAACAAAAAUACGGGUUCAAAUACAUGCGUUAAAAAGAAGCGAUCAGAUGGAGAAAGCAGAAAAAACUCCACAGCUACCAUGAGACAAGCAGGAAACGGAGACAGACACGGAACGGCAGGUGGCUCUGGGAGGACCAGUCUUCCGAGAAUUGGCAGCCAGAACAGGACGGUUUCUAGUAUCUCAACAUCAAAAGACAGAGAUGGCAGAAAACGAAAGACAAAUGAUUACACAGAGGGAAAUGCAACUGGAAAAGGCACAGAUGUGUCUGAAACGCAGAAGACAAACGAGGAGGAAUUUCUUAAUGAAAACAUGAGCUCCCUGUCAGUCGAAGGGAACGAAGAACUGCUCAUGGAAGUUUAA